CAUAGUCUUUCAACUUGUUUACAAGUGCUUUUUUUGGUUAGGUGGUGGUCACAUAAACAACUUCAUUUUUGUUGUAUUUUUUGACUACCAAGAACGUGGGUACCUUGCCUUAUAUCCUUCUAACUUCUGAAAAACCUACUGAUAAUGACAAAAAAAAGCAUGAUCUUUUUAGUCUAGUGAAAUUGACAUUUUAUUCUUCUAUAGCAUUGGUCAGGGGUCUAAUAAACAAGUAGCCAAAUUGUGUUACUUCACUUCCUUUUUUUUAGUUCUAUAAAUACUCUCUUUCAGUUAACAAGCUACACUAGCUGGACACAGAUUAUGGAAUUCACUAGAUUUUGCUUCUUGGUUUUUUCUGUUUUCUUGCUUUCCUAUGUUUCUUCAGUUCAUGGUAGGUUUUAUGAUUACCGCAAAGUGUCGCGUUUUCGUGCAUUGUCACAAAUAUCAAUGUCACCUUCCCCUGCCCCUGCCCCUUCCCCUGAACCUGAGGGUGCUCCAAGAAUUGACAAUGUGAAGAAUUCAUCAAAUGAUUCUGAAGCAGCUAUUUUCAAUGUGUUGUCUUAUGGGGCUGUUGGUGAUGGUGUGACCGAUGAUACACAAGCGUUUAAAAUGGUUUGGGAUGCUGCUCGUCAAGUUGAUUCAGCUGUUCUACUAGUUCCAAAACAGUAUUCCUUCAUGAUCCAAUCCACAAUCUUCACAGGUCCUUGCAAAAGUGGACUAAUUUUUAAGGUUGAAGGAACCAUUAUGCCACCAGAUGGACCUGAUUCAUGGCCAAAAAGUGUCAGUAAGAAACAAUGGCUAGUCUUUUACAGAAUUGAUGGGAUGUCAAUGCAAGGUGGUGGACUAAUAGAUGGUAGAGGAGAAAAAUGGUGGAAUCUUCCUUGCAAACCACAUAAAGGAAUAAAUGGAACAACUCUACCCGGUCCUUGUGACAGUCCUGUGGCUAUAAGGUUCUUCAUGAGCUCAAAUUUGACAGUACAAGGGCUUAAAAUCAAGAACAGCCCACUGUUCCAUUUCAGAUUUGACAGUUGCCGCAAUGUCCACGUUGACUCACUUUACAUAAAAGCACCACCUCAGAGCCCCAAUACUGAUGGAAUUCACAUAGAGAAUUCCAAUGAUGUCACAAUAAGAAAUUCAAUAAUCUCCAAUGGUGAUGACUGUAUUUCAAUUGGAGCUGGUUGUUACAAUGUUGAUAUAAGGAACAUGACCUGUGGUCCAAGUCAUGGAAUAAGCAUUGGCAGUCUAGGCAUUCGCAAUUCCCGGGCAUGUGUAUCCAACAUUACAGUUGAAGAUUCAACUAUUAAGUAUUCAGACAAUGGUGUUAGAAUCAAGACAUGGCAAGGAGGAUUUGGGGCAGUAUCCAACAUUAAUUUCAACAACAUUAGAAUGGAAAGUGUCCGAAAUCCGAUAAUUUUAGAUCAAUAUUACUGCAACACAAGGAGUUGUGCAAAUCAGACUUCAGCAGUGUACAUUUCUGAUGUGAUUUAUUCAAACAUAAAGGGGACUUAUGAUGUGAGAAGUCCACCAAUGCAUUUGGCUUGUAGUAACAGUAUCCCUUGUACAAAUUUGACUUUUUUGGAUGUGGAGUUAUAUCCUGCUCAAGGGCAAAAAAUCUUGGAACCAUUUUGUUGGAAUGCUUAUGGAGCUCUAAGGACUCUUACAAUUCCACCAGUUUUUUGCUUGUUGGAAGGCACACCUCAGUCAUUGCCAAGUAAUGAUGUUGAUCAGUGCUGAUAGAUGAUUUGCUAAGAACAGAAAGUUGUAGAAGAUGUAUUAUGGUCUGCAUAGAAAAGAUGGAGUAAUUAGUAGUAUAUAUUAAAGUUUUAGUUCUACUAAUAUUGUUGCAGAGGGGACUAAAAACUUAAGUGUAAGCAUGCAUCCCUUUGUUAAUGAUAAACAAAUUUUAGAAUAUCUUCUUCUUUCCUUUAGAUUUAACUUACAUACACUGACAAUGCUAGAAGGGGAGCCUUGGAGUAACUGGUAAAAUUGGUGCCAUGUGAUCAGGAGAUUACGGGUUCAAAUCUUGAAAACAGUCUCUGCCAGAAAUGUAAGGUAAGGCUGCGUACAAUAGACCCUUGUGAUCGGGCCUUCGCCGGAUCCUGCGCAUAGCAGAAGUUUAGUGCACCGGGCUGCCCCUUUUACACUGACAAUGCAAGUAACUUUUCAAUGUCGUCAUAUAUUAGUGGCUGCUUCCCAGCUCGAACAUGUGAACUUAGUUUGGUCAUUGGUGAUGAUAAAAGACCAAAGCUCAGAAUAUGUUUGGAUGUCUACGAGAUUUGAGUAGAAAGGAAUCAAGAAGUUUGUCACUUUUAACCAUUUAAUAAGUAGCUUAUUAACUAUACACAUGUCAAUUACCACAUGCCCAACAAGAUUUAUAAGUGUAAUU